UUCGUUCGCCUGGUCAACAACAGCAGAGAAAGAGGGACAGAAGAGUGAGAGUAUCGCGAGGAAUCCCGGCGCAUCCCGAGAAUCCGUAACCCGAAGUUCCACAGUUCCAAAGUUCCGUGAAUCCCAGUAAUCCAGCAAAAACCUCGCCAUGUGCCUUUCAUCACCCAUCCCCGGCCAGACUCAGCCACAGGCUGUUGGACAUUGCAAUGGCUCUUGCACCCUGGACAGAAACGGCAACCGCAGCACCACCACCAGCGUAGCCAACGGAGGAGAGCUUAAGCACAGAGGCAAGCACACCACCACAGACCUAGACGACGACAAUUUAGGCUACAAGGAGGCGAAUGCCGUCUACAAGGAGAAUGCCAUUGAGACGGCCAAGUUGCAGGAGGAGCAGGAACAAAAGUCAAAGGAGGUAGAGGAGGAGGAGGAGUACCGGCCACAGAUCAGAUGGCCGGAUCUGGGUGCCCAGACCUUCCUGCAUGUCGGCGCUCUUUAUGGAGUGUACCUGCUGUUCUACGCAAAAUUCUACACAUUCCUCUGGGUUGUGGUCACCGUUUGGGUCUCCGGAAUCGGCAUUACGGCAGGAGCCCAUCGUCUGUGGUCGCACAAGUCAUACACAGCCUCGCUGCCUUUGAGAAUUCUGUUGGCCUUUGCCUUCUCCAUUGCUGGUCAGAGAGAUGCCUACACCUGGGCCUUGGACCACAGGAUACACCACAAGUUCGCUGAGACGGAUGCUGAUCCGCACAAUGCCAAGAGAGGCUUCUUUUUUGCCCAUGUGGGCUGGCUAUUUCUCACCCCACAUCCCAAAGUGGUGGCCAAGCGCAAGGUCAUUGACAUGUCCGAUUUGGAGGCCGAUGCCGUGUGCAUGUUCCAGCGCAAAUAUUACAUACCCCUCUUUGCCCUCUGUUCCAUCAUUUUGCCGGUGGCUGUGCCCUGGUACUUCUGGAACGAGGACCUCUUUAUGUCCUUCUGGAUCAACUUUAACAUGCGCUUUACUUGGACACUCAACGUGGCCUUCUUUGUGAACAGUGUGGCGCAUAUGUACGGCAACAAGCCCUACGACAAGAACAUCAUGUCCGUUGAGGCACCCAUCGUCUCCCUGCUGGCCAUGGGAGAGGGAUGGCACAACUAUCACCACGUCUUCCCCUGGGACUACAAGACGGGCGAGUUCGGCAACUACAGCCUCAACAUUACCACUGGCUUCAUUGACUUUUGCGCCUGGCUGGGCCUGGCCAAAGGAAGGAAAUCGGUAUCUCAGGACAUGGUUAUCAGGCGAGCUGAAAAGUGCGGCGAUGGCACUCGCUUCUUGAGCGAUGAUUUCGCCCACAAAGACUCAGUGUGGGGCUUCGGGGACAAGGACAUUCCCUGCGAGGACCUCGUGGAACUGGCCAAGAUGCAAAACUGAGCCAGUGUAUCAGCCUGUGGUUUCAUAGUAUUAAGUUUGUAGCAGCACCACAAGUCGCCAAGCCAUGCAUGCCUUAUAACCCAUUUACCCAUAUACCCAUGCCCAUCCCCAUCCCGGAUCACUAGGAUCCUUGUAUUGUAAGCCGGAAAUAAGAGGCGUCAUCAAGUACCGAAUGGAUAUUAUAUUGGGGGAUGUGAUUUAUUUAACUAAACCUGCUUUUGAGAUAAACUCCAUUCGGUAUUGCGUUGAUACCCCUUGUUUUCGGUGGUGGGACGCUGGUCCCCCCCUUCGUUGCUUUCGUUACUUACCUGCGGGUCAAUAAACUAUGUUUUAUAUUAA